GCAGGCGCAGUGAAGCCGGCGGGGUGGCCUGUGCCUCUUCCCCUUUAAGCGGGCUGUUUAGUGUCCUCCGUCAGGUGGCGGCGGGGCCUGGCGGGUUGGGCUGGCUCGGGGCUGCAGUCUCCCGCGCGAGCAGCAUGGCGGGCUGGGGCCGGGACCGGGAUGUGGACUUCGGGACCGGGCCCGGCGCGUCGGGUCGCGGCGGCGCCAGCGACGGUCGCAUCUACGUGGGAAACCUGCCGGCCGACGUGCGCGAGCGGGACCUGGCCGAGCUCUUCUACAAGUUCGGCCGCAUCCGCGACAUCGAACUCAAGAGCCGCCGCGGCCUCGUGCCCUUCGCCUUCGUGCGCUUCGAGGACCCGCGAGAUGCAGAAGAUGCAGUUUAUGGGAGAAAUGGGUAUGAUUAUGGAGAGUGCCGAUUGCGUGUUGAGUUCCCUAGAUCAUACAGAGGACGGGGUGGAGAUUUUGGUGGAGGACCCCGGGGGCGGAAUGGCCCUCCAUCACGACGUUCUGAAUUUCGAGUUCUUGUUUCAGGGCUUCCUCCAUCAGGCAGUUGGCAGGACCUGAAGGAUCAUAUGCGUGAAGCUGGUGAUGUUUGUUAUGCAGAUGUACAGAAAGAUGGAAUGGGUAUAGUUGAAUUUCUCCGUAAGGAAGAUAUGGAGUACGCACUGCGUAAACUGGAUGACACCAAAUUCCGAUCUCAUGAGGGUGAAACUUCCUAUAUCAGAGUCUGUCCUGAAAGAAUUUCCAGCUAUGGCUACUCACGGUCCCGUUCUGGGUCAAGGGGUCGUGAUUCUCCAUACCAAAGCAGGGGAUCACCACGGUACUCCUCCCCCUUCAGGCCAUACUGAUUGCAUCCAACAACAGGGACUUCUUAAAAUGUGAACUGAGCUGCUUUCUGCUCGGAAUUUACAUUCCAAAACUGAUGGAUAGUUUUUCGUAGGAACUCGUUUUUUUUAUUCAAUAAAAAUCUUUUUUUUAUGAUUUACAGUUCUUACUAGGGCAAUGUUGGCAACACUUUGAAAAGUUGCAGUUCAUUUUGGUGUGUUGUUUGAAAACAUGUUAAGGGUUUAUUUUUUUCCCUCCUAGCUGAGGAAAAGUAAACUCAAAAAUUUGUGCAGUUAUCUCCUGGCCUGCAGGAUGGUGCUAAACAGUAAUGGAGUGACUGUACAGCUCAGCCUGUUGUGUAGAAAUAUAUUUAAAUGUUUUAGUAACUCA